GUGGCGCCUGAGGGGCGGGCUGCGGGAGGGCGGCGGGAGUUGGCGUUGGUGGCCGUGACUACGGUCUCCUGGCAUCCCCUGGCCGGGUGGGUGUGGGGCCCCCUGACACCACCGACUCCGCGCCAUAGCAAAGCUGCGCCCUCCGAGGUGGGCGCUGCGUUCUCGUUUCACGGGCGAGGAGGCUUGGGCAGAGAGACGAAGCCACUUGUCCAAGGUCACGCAGCUGGUAAGUGGGAGCGCCCAGCAUGGAACCCAGGACCGUCUGGCUGCGGAUCCCGCGUUCCACCCUCCGUGCCGCCGCCGCCGCCUCCUACGGGAGGGGGAGGUGGUCGGGAGGGCGUAUCGUUGGGGCGAGCUGGGCUCCAGGCUGAGCGCGACCACUAACCAGAUGCGUGACCUCGGGCUUAACUUAACCCCUUCGCCUUUCUGGGCCUUGGUUUCUCCACCUGUGAAAGCGAGAUGAUGCUGGCCCUGCCUGCCUUCUCACAGGAGGAUCAGAGGAGAGCAUGUAUGUGGCGUUGCUUUGUGAAUAUCCCUACGCCGAGAACACUGAAGGAUUCGCUUGCUGUCUCAAAGGGGUCUCCAUCACCCAACUCCAUGCUUCGAGUCCUGCUCUCUGCCCAGGCCUCCAGCGCUCGGCUCUCUGGCCUGCUGCUGCUCCCGCCAGUACAGCCCUACUGUCUGGGGCCCAGCAAGUGGGGGGACCGGCCUCCUGGAGGAGGCUCCCAUGUAGGCCCUGUGCAGGGGCUGCAGCGGCUUCUGGAACAGGCAAGGAGCCCUGGGGAGCUGCUGCGCUGGCUGGGCCAGAACCCCACCAAGGUCCACGCCCACCACUACCUUGUGGCACUUCGUCGCCUGGGUCAGCUCUUGGGGUCCCAGCCACGGCCCCCUCCCGUGGAGCAGGCCACACUACAGGACUUGAGUCAGCUCAUCAUCCGAAACUGCCCCUCCUUUGACAUUCACACCAUCCACGUGUGUCUGCACCUCGCAGUCUUACUUGGCUUCCCAUCAGAUGGGCCCCUGGUGCGUGCCCUGGAACAGGAGCGCAGGUGCCGCCUCCAUUCGAAGCCGCCUCCCUCUCCGCAACCUGUCCUUCAUGGUGGGCAAAGGUUGGAAGCUGCUUUGAGCUGCCCCCGUUUCCUGCGGCAUCCACAGCAGCACCUCAUCCGCAGCCUGGCAGAGGCCAGGCCAGAGGAACUGACUCCCCAAGUGAUGGUGCUCCUGGCCCAGCACCUGGCCCGCCACCGGUUGCGGGAACCCCAGCUUCUGGAAGCUAUUGCUCACUUUUUGGUGGUCCAGGAAGCCCAGCUCAACAGCAAGGUGGUCCAGAAGUUGGUCCUGCCCUUUGGGCGGCUGAACUACCUGCCUCUGGAAGAGCAGUUUAUGCCCUGCCUCGAGAGGAUCCUGGCUCGGGAAGCAGGGGUGGCCCCCCUGGCAACUGUCAACAUCUUGAUGUCACUGUGCCAGCUGCGGUGCCUGCCCUUCCGAGCCCUGCGCUUUGUCUUUUCCCCAGGUUUCAUCAAUCACAUCAGUGGCACCCCUCACGCCCUGAUCAUGCGGCGCUACCUCUCCCUGCUGGACACAGCCGUGGAGCUGGAGCUCCCGGGAUACCGGGGUCCCCGCCUUCCCCGAAGGCAGCAAGUGCCCAUCUUCCCCCAGCCACUCAUCACCGACCGCGCCCGCUGCAAGUACAGCCACAAGGAUAUAGUAGCAGAGGGGCUGCGCCAGCUGCUGGGGGAGGAGAAGUACCGGCAGGACCUGACCGUGCCUCCAGGCUACUGCACAGACUUCCUGCUGUGUGUCAGCAGCUCUGGUGCUGUGCUUCCUGUGAGAACCCAGGACCCCUUCCUGCCAUAUCCUCCCAGGUCCUGUCCCCACGCAACCCAAGACCCUGCCCAAAGGGUGGUGCUGACGCUGCGGGAACGCUGGCAUUUUUGCCGGGAUGGCAGAGUGCUGCUGGGCUCCCGGGCCCUGCGGGAGCGGCACCUGGGCCUGAUGGGCUACCAGCUCCUGCCGCUCCCCUUCGAGGAACUGGAGUCCCAGAGAGGCCUGCCCCAACUCAAGAGCUACCUGAGGCAGAAGCUCCAGGCCCUGGGCCUCCGCUGGGGGCCGGAAGGGGGGUGAGGGGGUGCACACGGGGUCCACGAUGGCCCCCCCAUGGGGGGCGGACAAUUUGCACUUUGACUCUCUGUUUUGAUUUGUCAUUAAAGCCCCCUUCUUCCCCCGUUGCA